AUGGAUCCCCUCAGCGCCAUUGGCUUGGCGUCCGCCAUUGUGCAGUUUGUCCAGUUUGGCUUCCAGAUCGCCGACCGCCUGGAGGACCUGACCUCGAAGCACCCGGGGCAGGUUCCCAAGGCGCUCCAGGGCAUAUCGAUGCACCUGCCGCUGCUGGCAAACUCGCUGUCCAAGAUAAAGUCCGACUCCCGCAUUGGCGCCUUUGACUUUGACACGAAGUGCAUCCUCAAGGGUAUCGUGUCGGGCUGCCUCGCCCAGGUCCAGGAAGUCGAGGCCAUGCUGGAGGAGAUUGCCUGCACGCCGGGCGACUCGCUGCGCGCCAAGCUGAAAAAGGUCAUGACGAGCAUGAAGUACGAGGAGAAACUGUCCCGCAUCGAGCGGACCCUUAACACGUACAUUUCGGUCCUCAUUCUGCACCACGUUGUUGAUUCCGCAGAUGCGCCCAAGGACCUGCUGGAGGAGACAUAUUUCGACGUGCGCGAGAAGCUUACCAACGACUAUGUAGAGCGAAAGGCUCUUAUUGAACAGCUUGACACUCAUUUUUAUGAUGCUUCUCGCUCACAAGUCACGUCGCCGACCGUUUUAUUGCUCUCGGGCAAAAAGGGCUGUGGCAAGACGCAGCUUGCCCUUGGGUACUGUCGGGCGGCCCACGAGCUACAGCAGUUUCGCACGGUCUUUUGGCUGGACGCCUCCACGCUCGAGAACCUGAAUCUAGGAUUUGAGCGCAUGUACGCCACUGUGAAUCAAAGCAUACAAGGCUCUCGCGCAGACAAAGUCAACUUCAUGCGCAAUUUUCUGGAAGAGCUUUGGCACCCUUGGCUACUGAUCCUCGACAACUACGAUUCUGGGCUUCUUUAUAACAAUAUCAUGGACUUUUUACCAAGUCGGGGAUCUGGAGCGAUAUUGUUGAUCUCUGAGGAAAAAGAAAACGGGCUUGGGAAAGUGCUUCAGGUACCAAAAUACUUGGGCCGCCAUGAGCAGGACCGGGUCAACUCGCUGCUGCAAGCCGCUAUCCAGAAAAAAAAUUUCUCAGCCAUCAAGGAGGCUGUUGAGCAGGGAGCCGACGUCAAUACCAAAAUCUGGGAUCAAUGGCCUUGCAUUCACCGCCUUGCGCUGUUUGGCAUGGAAGACGCCUUAAGAUACCUCGUGGACCAUGGCGCCGAUCUGCAAAUUGACGCUCAAGUCGCUCCGGCGUUGCACUGGGCUGCUACCGAUGGCAGCGAAGGCGUGACUCGGCUCCUACUGGACUAUGAGGACAAAGGACUCGCAUUCUACUCGCAAGCAGUACAUCAAGCGGCUUUCACUGCGGCUGUAGAAAAUGGUCACAUGGAGGCUGCACGAAUGCUGUUGCAGAGACGUAAUAUCAAUAUUCAUGCGCCAAACAGAUACCAGGAAACAGCACUAGAGAGUGCAGCAGGCAAAGGCAAGGUUGAUAUGAUAAAGUUCCUGAUCAAUGAAGGCGCCCUCUGCGACAAUAAAGCGCCGGGCGAAAACGCUUUGAUUAAGGCGACAGCGUGUGGUCACUUAGAAACGGUGAAGCUUCUGUGCCUGGAGGGAAAGAUCAACGUCAAUGCUUGUCGCGAGUCUGGGGAGGCUGCGCUGAUACUGGCAGCUGACUCAGACUACAAUGAAACGACGUUUCAGUUAGCUGAGUUUCUGCUGGAGCAGGGCGCACGUCCAGACCCCGUCGGAAACCAAGACGGCCUGCUUCACCGGGCUUGCGUCCGGGGUGAGAUAGACUUUGUGAAGCUGCUUUUGAAGCACAAGGCGGACCCGACAAUUGACGGUGCUGGAUAUUGUCCAUUACAAUACGCGCUGAACGCACGACCUGGCUUGAGUCUGCGUUGUUGCGCCAAUAUCGAUGCCCAGCUGAAAGAGGGCAGCCCCAUUGGCGCAACCAGCCUGCUGCUUGCUAUCAUAAAUGACCACGUGCAUACGGCGCAAUUUCUUGUGCGUCGUAAAGCGCGACAGGAUGUGGCCGACGAAAAAGGCCGGCUGCCUCUACCGUCGGCGGCCGCAGGCGGUCAUCACUUGCUCGUGCGGGAUCUAAUUCGUGCUGGUGGCGAUGCAAACAUGACGAGUGGGGAGAACCAAGAUACUGUUCUUAUGAUUGCCGUGGCAGCCAAGCAUGAAAAAGUCGUCGAGGUGCUCUUGAAGAAUGGGGCAGAUGCAGAGCUGGCGAACAAGUUUGGAGAGAUUGCACUUGAUAUUGCGGAAGAGAAGAAUUGCGAGGAUAUUAUCAAGCUGCUAGAUCAAUAG